AUGUCUGGUUCCCAAGCUGGUAACCAGCUCAACAUCGAUCGCUAUGUCGUGAUCCACGUCGCAACCACCUGCGAUGAGCAUGGAGUCUACGUCACAAAGGACUCGGCCGAGGUUAUUGAGCUCGGCUGGAUUCUUCUCGACGCCAAGUCUCUGGAGGAGAUCACCCGCGAGAGCGUUCUUGUCAAACCCAUCAACACUCCGAUCACACCCCUGUGCACGAGCUUGACGACCCUGACCUGGGAACAUGUCCGUAACGCUGGUACCUUCCGCGAUGCCAUUAACCGAUUCGACACCUUUGCCAACGAACACUUGACUUCGCAAAACCUCGAUUUCGUCUUCGUUACCCUCGAUGCUUGGGACCUUCGCGUCCAGCUGCCCCGAGAGGCCCGCGACAAGGCUGUCGUUCUGCCCCCGUACCUUCAGCACUCCCGCACGUUCGAUUUGCGAACCGAAUAUCAGCGAUGGCAGCAGCAUCACCCCGAAUCGUUGCCUUUUGGGCCCUCAAUGCUGUCCAAUAUCUGUGCCGCCUUGGAGGUGGAGCCGGUCCAGUCCAGUGCUCCAAUCAAGCACAACCUGCCUUUCCACCUCCAGGCGCUGGCUCCUGCGUCUCCUCGCCGCGCCAUGGAGGAGGCUGUCACUCUCGCCCGCGUUCUGCGAGGCCUCAUUCGCAAGUCGCAGCCUUCCCAUGAGCACCCCGACGUCUUGACGAGACCAAUGGAUGCUCGCGCCGAUGUGCGGGCUUUCUUGUCGGAGCGCAGCAAGGUCCUCCACAUGUCUGGCCUGCCCCAUGAUACCACUCAAUCCGAGCUCGAGAGCUGGUUCACUCAGUUUGGCGGUCGUCCUAUUGCCUUCUGGACACUCCGUACCCCUGAGCAGCACAAGCCCACGGGCAGCGGUUUCGCUGUGUUUUCUUCCCACGAGGAGGCCGCUGAGAGUCUGUGCAUGAACGGUCGUGCCCUUAACGAGAAGGCGAUCGAAGUGUCUCCGUCUUCCAGCCGUGUCCUGGACCGCGCCGCUGAGAUCCUCACCCCCUUCCCGCCCAGCAAGAACCGCCCUCGCCCUGGCGACUGGACUUGUCCUUCAUGUGGCUUCUCGAACUUCCAGCGACGAACUGCGUGUUUCCGCUGCUCAUUCCCGGCUGUGAGUGCCGGACCUACCGGCGACAUGGGCUACGGCUACGGAUACGGACCACCGGCCAUGAUGCCCCCUCCUCAGCACCACCACGGACACAUGGGUCACGGUGGUGGUCGCAUGGGUGGCAGCGGCGUCGUGCCGUUCCGUGCUGGAGAUUGGAAGUGUGGCAAUGAGGUCUGCGGUUACCACAACUUUGCUAAGAACGUAUGCUGUCUGCGAUGCGGCGCCAGCCGUGCUGGUGCCGCCGUCGUCGCUGACUCUGGUGGCUACCCUUCCCCCAUGGACCCUCCCUCCAACUACAGUAUGAGCCAGGGCUCCAUGAGCGGCACCCCCGGCCCUGGCCCCUUCGCCUCGGCCGGUGGUAACUUCGCCUCUCAGGGCGGCGGCUACGGCGGUCAGCACUUCGGUGGCCCGCCUAGCACCUACGCACUUCCCUCGGGCAUUGGUGGCGGAGCUGCUCCCUACCCCUCCUCCCUCAACACGCACGGUUUCGGACCGGCCCCUGGAUCCCACUCCGCCGGCCCCUUUGACAGCCGCGCUGCCGAGGCUGCCUUCCAGUCGGCCUCCAAUGGCCCCGCAUCCGCCGGCCCUUCGAACAACUUUUACUCGCAAAACGAAAACGAUCCCUUUGCGUUCCUUUCCAGCGGCAUUGGCGGUCUGUCCGUCAGCGGCGGUGAUGCCCGCCAGAACGGAGGAGCUGCGCCUCCGAGCAAGUCUCCUGCUUAA